AUGAUAUAUCUGAAAAGUAUGUUAAAAGUGAUAGAUAACUCUGGUGCUCAAUUGGCAGAAUGUAUCAAGGUAAUAAAUAAAGGAUCGCCGAAGUCUCCAGGAAGAAUAGGUGAUCGAAUCGUUUGCGUUAUACAAAAAGCUAAGCCAUUGAGUCAACAGAUCACAGGUGCUAUAAACACCAAUCGUGUGAAGAAGGGUGAUAUUGUUCAUGCUAUUAUUGUACGAACCAGGCAAAAAAAUGGCUACAGAUUCGAUGGCUCAAAUAUUGGAUUUGGUGAUAAUGCAUGUGUACUGGUAAAUAAGAAUACGGGAGAACCUUUAGGAACCAGAAUUAUGGCUAAUGAUGGUGUGGUAGGGAAGGAAUUAAUGAACAAAGGCUACAAUAAAAUAUGUUCCUUGGCUAGUAAAGUACUGUAA